AUGGUGCGCUGCAGUCAUGUGAGCCCUGCCGCCGGUCAAAACAGCGAUGCGACCAUGAGCGACCCUGCUUCGAGUCCUGGAUCCCUGAGCGGUGGUCGCGCUUUUAUAGCAGCAGAGCAUCCGUCUUGUCUCCCCGGGUAUCUGGGAUCCACGAGCUUUACUGCAGUUCUGACAGAGCAUCGUGAUGAAAUUCCCUUUGAACCAGAAGAGAGCUCGGAUUCUUACCCCGUCGUAUCGGUGGAGCCUGAGCGGGCCAAGUCCGGGGCAGAGGUGUUACUUUUCCUCUACAGCCUCAGCUUCCGGCAAAAACUGGUUGACAAAUUUUAUAGCCGAUCAUGGAAUGCCGUUGUACCCAAGAUUGUAUUGGAAGCUAUCCUCAAUUCGAUACAAGAGAUUUUUGAUGGGUUUGACCCCAGUAAUCUCAUGCCCCAGCUGCAGAACUUGGCCUUGCAACUAUUUCAAAAUUCAUCGCGGGCAAUGAAGACAUAUCCGUCAAUGACCGUCAAGGAAUACCUUGCCUCAUUCACUGGGCGGAACCUUCGUUGGGAAGCCUUAGCAAACAUUUUUCAAGUGUGCGGGCAGCAGCUUGUGAUCACACCGGAUAAUGAUCCCGAGGUUUCUCAGGGAGUCGAGGAUCCGCGGGCAAAGGAACGACUUCUAGAACAAGUGAUUGGAGCUAGCAACGUUUGCCUUAGCUUUUGUGACCAGGCUUCUUCUGCCAAUGAGUUGCUUGCAUAUCUACAAUACAACGAUGUCAUGCUUCAAACACAGCAAUAUGGUGAUUCAAGUUACCAAGCAUGGCGUCGGCUGGGUGACUUGGUCGCUACGAUCUAUGCAGCAGGAAUUCAUCUUGACACAGAUAGUGCCGAGAACAGUCCCUUUUUCCUCCGACAAUGGCGAAGAGGCGCCUUUAUCUCGGCUUUCCACAUGGACAAGACAAUGGCAACAUUCGUUGGUCGACCGCCUCUCAUGAACUAUCGAUAUUGCACUUUGGCCCCUCCGCUAGAUCUGAGCGACGAUGUUCUUGUUGCAGGAGGAGACGUUCUUGCCCAAGCGAUAUCAGAGCUUGACAGUAAUGGCUGGAACACGCAAGGAGCUCGACAUCGCAUGUCACCCUCACGAGUGCGAUUUCAUCUGGCCAUCGCGAGAGAGCAAACCCUUGAUAUCGCAUUAGGGAAUCCUGAAAGCCAAGACCUUGUCCGCAAAUCAAAUGAAAUCGAAGAAAGUGUACGCGUAGUGUGGUCUGCCACACCUGAUCAUCUUCGAUAUGACCGUCAGCCGAACAAUGAUGGACUACGAUAUGAUCUUCCACCGAACAACGAUUUCCAUCAUGGCUGGUUGACAAUCGUUUAUCUUUAUCUCAAUUACCUUUAUACAUGCUUCCUCCUGCAACGGGCUCUAAUAAAGCACGCGAACACCGGACAUGCCGCUCUCUUUGAUGUCUCUCGCCGAGUUCUCGCCAUUGUAAUCAGCAUCACCUCCCAACGAAACCCCAUGGUGGAUCUCGACAGGCAUUAUUCUUGGAUUGCCCUCACAUACGGUCUGCCGAGUGCCAGUGUUCUUCUCGUCGAGCUCCUACACCAAUCUCAUGAACCUGGUCCCCACUCCGUUCCCCUCCCUCGCGCUGAAUUGAUCCGCAACAUUAGCGUUUUCGUCUCAUUACUAUCUUGGGUAUCACGACCUGGUCAUGGAAAUUACCACACGUGCAAAGAAGCGGAGAAGAAAUUGUCUCGUAUCUUAGAUCAACUGUUGGACCCACAGCCCGUGCAGGCGGACAUGGUGCACGACGUCACUUCUGGCUUGUCGAGCUUUCUAGACUGGUCAAACUACAACACUUGGGAUUUUACUGAGUAUUUCCCCGGUGGUGGAGGCUUUGCGCCUUGA